AUGGUUCUGGCUCAGAGAAACAUCUUUUUGAUUAUAAGUGCAAGUGUUGGAGGGUGUGUGCUUAUUCUUUUUGCUGUUAUCGUGUUGUUGAGAAUUCUGAAAAAAAGAAAUCUUCAAAACAGAAAGAGGAAAUUCUACCGUAGAAAUUUAGAUUUGUUAAAAAAGGAACAAUCAUCUACCGAUGAAAUUGUUACUGAAAGGAUGAAGAUCUAUGAGCUAGAUGAAUUGGAAAAAGCUACCAAUUGUUUUGAUAAAACUCGAGUUGUUGGCGGUGGAGGUCAUGGAAAAGUAUAUAAAGGAAUUUUAUCGGAUCAACGCAUAGUUGCCAUCAAAAAACCAAAGAUAACAGGUGAAAGUGAGCUUGGACAAUUCAUUAAUGAGGUCUUCAUUCUUUCUCAAACCAACCAUAGAAAUGUGGUUAAGUUCAUGGGGUGUUGCUUGGAAACUGAAGUUCCUUUGCUUGUAUUUGAGUUCAUAUCAGGCGGAACACUCUCUGAUCAUCUUCUUAAUCAUGAGCAAUUCUUGCCUUUAUCAUUUGAAGAACGUUUAAGGAUUGCCUACGAAAUUGCUAGAGCAUUAUCUUAUAUACAUUCUGAAGCUUCGGUAACAAUAUUCCACAGAGAUGUUAAAUCAUCUAACAUUCUACUUGAUGAAAGAAAUAUUGCAAAACUAGCGGAUUUUGGUGCUUCGAGGGCUGUUACUUGCGAUAAGAAUUCAGUAACUACUAUUGUUCAAGGAACUUAUGGAUACUUAGAUCCUGAGUACCAUCAAACUGGAAGAUUAACCGACAAGAGUGACGUCUAUAGCUUUGGUGUUAUUCUUGCAGAGCUUUUGACUGGGAAGACGGCAAUUCCUUAUCAAAAAAAUAAUGAGGUGAGGCACCUAGUUAUGGACUUCGUAGAUUCAUUGAAGGACAAUUCACUUCUUGAGAUUCUGGAUCCUCUAGUUUUAGAGGAAGCAAAAGAGGAAAUUUUUGAAAAAAUUGCAAGGCUCAUUGAGAGAUGCCUCAAAAUGAAUGGGAAUGAACGGCCAACAAUGAAGGGAGUGGAGGAGGAACUCGAAGCUAUGAGAGAAAAGAAACUGAAAGUUGAUCUUGAUGGCCUCGGAGGAACUGCAUCAAUUUAUAUGAGGAGAUUCGAUCUUGGUGUUGAUAUUCUUGGAGGAACAUCAUCUUUCGAUACUUGCUUUGGUAUCGAAGUUAAUAGUAGUCUUUGA